ACAGUUGGAGAAGAAUGGUAGAUAUGAGAACCUCCACUAGAAUUUAGGCCCUGUUUGGUACGUGGUACAAUCACAAGCUCAUAGACACAGAAAGAGAGAUGGAAGAAGGCGGAGGAGAGAAGAAGAAGGUGAUGGUGGGAAUUGAUGAGAGUGAAUGUAGCAGAUACGCUCUUGAAUGGACUCUGCAAAACCUGGCUCAUACCCUUGCAGAUUCUAAGCUCAUCAUCUUCUCUGCUCAACCCAUUGACGAUCUUGGUUAUGCUUACGCUUCCUCCCUCGGUGCUGCCCCUCCCGAGUUGAUACAGUCCUUGCAGGAAAACCGAAAGAAGCUCACUUUGGCUUUGUUGCAGAAAGCUAAGGAAAUCUGUGAUCAACAUGGGAUUGAUGCAGAGACACUCACAGAAACUGGAAAUCCUAAAGAAGCAAUAUGUGAAGCAGUGGAGAAACUGAAAGUCCACUUACUUGUGCUUGGCAGUCAUGGCAAGGGAUCCCUACAGAGGGCGUUUCUGGGAAGCGUUAGCAACUAUUGUGUUCAUCAUGCCAAGUGUCCUGUUCUCGUCGUAAAGAAAAAAGCUUCAUGAAGGAGUGACUACUUCAUAUAUAUAUACAUAUAUAUGUAUGAAUGUAUGUAUAAGGGGAAACUGUGCAGACAUUGCUUGAGCAUAUUUUACUUUACCCUAGCGUGAAUUAUUCUUUCUGAUAAACUGUUUGUAUGUCCAAGUCAACUUUUGGUUUUUAAGUCAAAUGUACGUGUUGCUCUGUUAUUUGGCUUCUA